AAUCAGUUUUGAAUUAGUUCAGUGCUCAUUGGAGUCCCAUAGGCAUGAAUAUGGAUUUUUUUGUUGUUGUUGUUGUAUAAAAAAAGAUUGUAUCUGAAAAUUUUAAUUUAUCACAUACUUCGGAAACAUACCCUAGGUCAGUGUAACUGUUGCACAAUUUCAGCUGCUUUUGUGGUGUCUGUUUGUUUAGUCUGUGUGAUGGCAAGCCAAUUAACAGUGUUGGGCUCUCGAAAACUACCUGGCUUGUGGGCAUGACCAAGAAAGUAUCCUUCAGCCAAUGUUAAUCUUCGAGAAUGGGUAGAUUGUGAACUUUUGGACUUCAGCCAUCUGCCUGCAUGUUCAUUGGGAAUUUGUGAUCUGAGUAGUGGAUUGCAGGGCAGUGGUCUGUCUUUCCACUGAAGCUGAUACAAAGAAGCUAAUAAGGAAGGGUUCCUGUGAGCAUUGUCUUCAUUUCUGCUGGGAGUUUACCCCAAUGGAACUCAUCCCGAAGACAAGGGACAACUUGCCUGAUAAUGGAGAACCAGAUCGAACUUCAAACAUGUUUUGGAUGGCAGCAUUCCAUACAAAUUUCAGCUUGAAGAGUUUGAUCAGGCUUCCUGUGCAACUUUAUGCUGCCUAUGUUUGUUCUUAUAAUUCUUUUGUGUCAAUGCCAAGUGGUUACAUUAGCAAGCCACAAGCAAUUAUCUCAAGAUUGAUAAGCUCUUUGAACUUGUUUGUAAUUCAUAUAUCAUUUCUUCUCCCCCGAACUCUAGCUUCGCACCAGACAUAUCUUGAAGAUCUCUGAUUCUCUUUGAUUCUCAAAACCUAAACACCCAUUGCGCAUCUUCGUGGUGGGAUUUGAACUCGGGUCUCUGGUACAACCAUGCACUGUAAUCUUAGAACCCAUCAGGACUUGGCUUAGGAGUUGGGUUUCAAUUCUAUACAAGCAUUCGACUCCACUCUAUGGAACUUUAUGUUUUACUUUUCGGAAGGAUCUCGUUAACUCAAAAUUUUAGAAAGAAAGAUUUAACGGUGCCAAUGCAUAGCCUGGAAUCUGACAGCUAAUACACGAUCUCGGAAAGCCGUGAUGCGGGGUUGCAGUGCCUCUGUAAUGUUGGGUCCGAGCCAGGCCCCGCCCCACAAGGGACUCAUUCCUCGAGUCCAUGUCUUAAACCCUAGAGCCAUCACAAUUUCCGGAGGCUUGUUCGGAAGGAGGAAAAAAGCUCCGUAGACCCCUCGCGGAGAGUACGGCAAUGGCGGUCAUCGCUCCCUCCCGCCGCCACCGCUCGUUCCUCCUCCUCCGCCACCACCUCCGCCUCCUCUCAUCCACCCCGUCUCCACCUCCUACCGCCGCCGCAGCCCCUCUCCUCUCCAGUUGCCACGCCUUCGACCCCGCCAUCCACCGCCUCGCCCGCGCCCGCCGCUUCUCCGACAUCGAGGCCCUCCUCGAGCCCCUCAAGAGGGACCCGCGCGCCUCCAGCGAGCCCUUCCUCGCCGCCGUUGUCACCUCUUACUCUGCCGCCGGCAUGCUCGAACACGCCCUCCGCACCCUAGACGAGAUCCCCUCCAUCGGCGCUCCCCGGACCGCCCUCUCCCUCAAUGCCCUCCUCUCCGCCCUCAACCACUCCCCUCUCCCCUCCUCCCGGCGCCGCGUCCCCGAACUCUUCGCCGACCUCUCCCGUCGCCUCUCCAUCGUCCCCGACAAGGUCUCCUACGGCAUCCUCGUCAAGUCCCACUGCCUCGCCGGCGACGCCAAGAAGGCCCUCGCCGUCCUCAAGGAGAUGGAGGAGAAAAAGGUCGAGGUCACCACCGUCACCUACACUACCCUUCUCGAUUCCUUCUAUAAAGAGCGUAGGCCGGAGGAGGCCGAGAGAUUGUGGAAGGAGAUGGAGAAGAAGGGAUGCAAGCCCGAUUUGCCGGCUUAUAAUGUCCGAGUCAUGUACCGAGCCCUCGAGGGAAAACCGCAAGACGUGCUUGAUUUGAUCAGAGAGAUUGAGGCAGCCGGAUUGAAGCCCGACACCAUUACUUACAAUUAUCUCAUAAGCUGUUACUGUAGUCAUGGCCGGUUUGAGGAGGCGAAGAAACUGUACAAGGAGUUGGAGGAGAAGGGAUGUGUUCCAAAUACUGCAACCUUUAGGAAUUUGUUGGCUUCUUUAUGUAAAAAUGAGGAUUUUGAUGGCGGUUUGGAGGUGUUCAUGGAUAGUAUAAAGCAGAGCAAGUUGCCGGAUUUGGGCUCGGUUAAGCUUCUGGUUGAGGGGUUGAUGAAGAAUUCGAAGGUUAGAGCUGCGAAGAGGGUGGUUAGUGGGCUGAAGAAGAAGUUCCCGGAAGAUUUCACAGGGGACUGGAAGAAGCUUGAGAAGGUAGUUGGUGUGAAUGUGGAUGGAGAAGGAUCUGAGCAAGCAGUAGCUGCUUGAAUUCAGGAAUAGUCUUGAGGAAUUCAGCUGGCGCCUAUGAGGAUUCGUUUGCUGCUUGUUCAAUUAAUCAUUUAGGAGCAAACAAAGGAGCAAAUUGCCAAUGAAAUUUAAUCCCCCACAACCCCCCGUGCCGAUGAGGAUUCGUUUGCUGCUUGUUCAAUUAAUCAUUUAGGAGCAAACAAAUGAGCAAAUUGCAUAUGGUGUGUGAAGGUGGGAGUGUUUGAGUGCAAGCAUGGCUUCUUCUUCGAGCAGCUUGAAGGCUGAAGUACUGAAUAAAAUUGUCUCUGGCACUUUUGAUGGCAAUUGCAUAUGAUCUGCUUGGAUGAGGUUUAUUUUAUAAGGUGCAUUUAUCAAUUCUGAUAUCUGACAUCCUUGUAGUUGCUUUCAUGAUACACAUUGUUAGUUAUGCAUGAAAUCACUGAGUCGUUCUGCCAUUGGUGCUUUGUUAUGUUUAUAUCUUAUUUUUCUACACAGAAUUUCCAUGGUAACUACCUUUCAUUUGAAAAAGCUGUACUGUUUCAUACUGUAUUGUUGAGCAGCUAUGGUUUGAUUUAGUUGUACUGUAUUGCCUUCAUGAUGCAGUAAUGAUUUGGUCAUUUUAUUUUGGAGAAUGAAUAAUGGAAUGCUCUGAUGUAUGUUUAU